GGAGAGACAGAGGGCCACCUACAUGAAAGAGAGAUUCUAGGACACCAACAAGAAGGAGAGAUGGAGGUCCACCAACAAGAAGGAGAGACAGAGGGCCACCAGCAAGAAGGACAGACACAAGGACAUGAACAAGAAAGAAGGACUCUAGGACACCAACAAGGAGAAGACAUACAUAUAUACCAACGAGGAAAGACACAGGUCCACCAACAAGAAGGAGAGACUCUAGGACACCAACAAGGAGGAGAUACACAUGUCCACCAAAAAGGAGUGACAGAGGACCACCAACAAGAAAGAGGAACACAAAUCCAUCAACAAGGAGAGACACAAGUCCACCAAAAAGGAGUGACAGAGGACCACCAACAAGAAAGAGGAACACAAAUCCACCAACAAGGGGAGACACAAGUCCAUCAACAAGAAAGAGAGACUCUAGGACACCAACAAGGAGGAGAUACACAUGUCCACCAACAAGGAGAGACACAUGUCCACCAACAAGGAGGAGAUACACAUGUCCACCAGCAAGAAGGAGAGACAGAGGGCCACCAACAUGAAAGAGAGACACAAGUCAACCAACAAGAGAUAGGGACUCUAGGGCAUCAACAAGAAAGAGGAACACAAAUCCACCAGCACAGGGAGACACAACAAGAAAGAGGGACUCUAGGACACCAACAAGAAGGAGAGAUGCAGAUUAAUCAGCAAGAAGGACAGACACAAGGACACGAACAAGAAAGAGGGACUAUAGGACACCAACAAGGAGGAGACAUACAUUUCCAACAACAAGAAGGAGAGACACAGGUCCACCAACAAGAAAGAGGGACUCCAGGACUCCAACAAGGAGAGACACAAGGACACCAACCAGUCGAAGGAGAGUUCAAAGGAUUAGAACAAUCUGAGCAUCCACAAAACUGUGUAUCUCCAUCAAGUUGUUCCUCAGAUGAGGAAGAGCAGUACACACGCCCAAGAAGGUUCAUCUACCCUAACCUAUCUAAAUCAUCAAGUGAACUCCAAAAUCAUUUUGACAGUGAUGAAUCUGACCUUGAUCCAACAUAUCGACCAGAGGAGGGUAGCAACGAGGAAUACAGCAGUGAUGAUGAGGCAACUCUUGAGAUUCAUCCAAGAAAUGUUCAAGUGCGCAAGAGACCAUCUUCUGUUAUAUCUACACCAGAUGAAAAACCUACAAAGAUUUAUAAACAGUGCCUUCCAGGAUCAUUUUCAGGGCCAGAAUUGCCACAUCAGAAAACCAAUGAUAAUAUGGAAACGACACACAAACACGAGGACAAGAAAACAAGGUACAAGAAGCCAUCAAGGCCAUGCCCUUUCUGCAACAAAGCUUGUGGUGAAAAGCUCUCGAGACACAUUUGUUUGGUACAUAAGGAUAAGGAGCAGGUGAAAUCUGCCAUGCAGCUGCCAAAGCGGGAGAGAGACAAGGUGUUCUCAAAGUUCAGGAAGGAAGGCAUAUACCAAGUAAAUAGAGAACGUAUGAAAGAUGACAACCCCAUUUAUGAAAGAGAAAAGUUACCAAAAUCAGGGAAUGAUGACAACCUUAAAAUGUGCAGUAACUGCAAGGGCUUUUACAGCUCACAUUUCUUCUGGCAUCACAGGAAAGUUUGCCAAGGUGAUAUAUGCACUCCAUCUGAAGGAGUACCAGUAAACCUCAUGGAAGGGAAAGAUCCAGUGUAUCAAAAACACCCAGACUUUGUCACUGACAUACUUAGUAGAUUCCAGAAUGAUGACGUUGGGAAUACGUGUAGAACGGACAAAGUGAUAGUUAAUGUUGGACAUCGACUGUGGACUAAACACAGAUCCAAAAAAGACAAGAAACUUGAAGUAAGAAAAUCAGUUAUGGCUGAUAUGAGAAGACUUGCCACCUUAUACACUGAGUUUAAGAAGAAACACGAGUUUCAUGGGACUGCAGAUCUCACAAUGGGACAUGCUGGAGACAUGUUCAGUAGAGAGCACUUCGAAUCUUUGACGGAGGCAAUCCAGACGCUCACUUAUGAUGAAACUGAAGGCAAACUAAAGCCAGGACUGAAACUCUGCUUGUACUUUGUGCUGAAAAAAGCUAGCAAAAUCACUAAAGCUAGUUUUCUUGUAUCCAGGCUAGAUGAAGAUGCAUCUGAGAUUGACAAGUUCGUAGAGAUUCUUGACUUGAACCAGAAUUUGAUUUUUGGGGAUGCACACUACGAAAUCCAAAAGAAUCGCCAAGUGCGUUUGAGGAAGCCUGCAGAGCUCCCGCUUGAGGCUGACAUUGAAGCAUUGAAGACAUACACUCAAAAGAAAGUCACAGAAAUCAUCUCUGAUGAGUUCCUGGUUUGGGAUUCUCACACAUUUGUAGAGUUACGAGAUCUGACUUGCUCGCGAUUGACAUUGUGGAAUGCAAGGCGUGGUGGAGAACCCAGCAGGCUUACAACCGAAGAAUGGAGAGAUGCAGAAGAGGGUGUAUGGAUGCAGAAAGACAAGAUUCAUGAAGUUAAAAAUCCAGCCCAUCAGGAACUUUUAUCUCAGCUCAAGAUAUGCUACCAGACUGGGAAGGGCACUAAUCGCUUGGUUCCAGUCCUGUUCCCAAGAGACACUGUGAAACCUGUGCAACUUCUAUGCGAUCAGGAAAUCCGGCAUACAGCAGGAAUAAGACCUGAUAAUAAGUACAUAUUCGCUUGUACUCAAAUGUCUCAUGACCAUGUUGGAGGGUGGCAUGCUCUAAAGAAUGUCUCAGACAACAUCAGCCUUUCGUCCAACGUUACGGUGAAUGCCACCAAGAACAGGCACAGAGUGUCUACAAUUUACGCAUCCCUCGACUUGCCUGAUGCUGACUUGGAACUAUUUUACCGGCAUAUGGGACACUCCUCUACAAUCAAUCAAACAAUCUACCAGACCCCACUUGCCAUCCAAGAAAUCACCCGAGUAGGGAGUCAUCUCCAUCAUAUAGAUAUAGGAGGAAUGAGGGCACGCAAAGAAUCUGAAGCGUCUGAUGACGAUGGCUGCUCAAGUGCACCAGCGACCUCAAAGGAUGGCUGCUCUACAGCACGGGUGAACUCUAAACAUGACGACUCAACUCUAACAGUGACCUCUGAGGAUGGCAGCUCAACUACACCAGCGACCUCAAAGGAUGGCUGCUCUACUGCAACAUUGACCUCUGGGGAUAGGUCUUCAGCCCGAAGGUACAACCGCUGGUCAAAGCAGGGAAGCAAGCAGUGCAAGCAGUAUUUCUCUGCAGCAAUCAAACAAGGGGAACCAUUACCAGGGAGGAAGGCCUGCACCACUUUCCUGCAAAGACAUCAAAUCACCAUGGAAUGGCAGGCGGUAAGAAAUAAGGUGAUGAACGAAAGGAAUAAAGCAAAGAAAAACUUUGAUGACAGAAAGAGGAGCUUCCUAAACUAAUAAUAUUAGUUGGGUCAGAUCAUAUGGUCUGAUUAACAUCUUUUGUUGCCUUUUUUGGCACAAUACAUGUACCUUCACCUGUAUAUUCCAGUAGGUAUGUGGCUUCUAAAUGAAUAUUCAUGAAAGAGCUUGCACAAGGACUCAUCCUCGUUUUGUUUCAGUGUCAAGCCUGGUCCUUUAUCUGCACAUGCGCAACCUGUAACUUGCUCUAAUUUGUGAUAGAGCUGAAUUGAUGAAAGUCUAAUAUGGUGGGCAAAGAGGUCAGUUGAAACAUUGGUGUAAUGAUGAUUAAUGAGCCUGAAUGAAGUUAGUUUAUUUCGGUUUUCCCUGCCAUUGACUUAGUGUAUGUAUUAAAGAAAGUGCUAAAUGGUUAUAUAGUGGACAUUUUGUAACCUGGAUGUAUGCAAGUUAAAUGAAUAUUAAAGGUAAUACAAAGUUUUGGGAAUAUUUCACUAGGGUCGGAGAAUAACGUUUAAAUUUUCAUUAUCAUUGUAAAACCUUGUGUACGAAAAACCG